AUGCAACUUUUCACAGAGAUUAUCCCUCCUGCGUAUUUCCUGCCGGGGUUCUGUCUCACAGUGGCUGUCCUCGUGCUGUUGAGCUGCGUUCAGAAUGCCAUCCACAAUCUCCCAUACUACCGGAUUCCCGCUGUUGGGAUGAGCCGGUGGUCUCUAUUUGACCGACAGGCUAAUGUAUGUUUUAUGGCCUCGGCCAGGGCUUUGAUCCGUGAAGGCUUUGAACAGGUAGUACCCUCCUGGACAUAUCUAAGCUUCGGACUGAUACGCUGGGAUACGGCUCGAAUAGGGCCACACGAUGUUCCAAGCAAUGUUUCCCCACGGCCCUAUGUUAGUGCUUCAUCCAAACCACAGCUAAAUUGCUUUAUAGAACAGUACACGAUUCCUCUGGCCAGAGAAACGGAAUUAACGCUCGACGAACAUUUUGGCCAACCCCAAGAGUGGAAAUCCUAUUGUUUUGCCAGCGAAGUCCCUUACAUCGUCGCGCGCCUAUCGACCCUUGUCUUCCUAGGAGAGCAAGUGUGUCGCGAUACCGAAUGGCUCGAUAUAUCGGUGAACUAUACUCUGGACAUUUUCGGAGCAAUAACCGCACUAAGAGGUUGGCCACCUAUCCUCCGACCUGUCGUUCACUGGUUUCUGGAGCCUGCUCAGAAACUCAGGAAGCGUGUGCAAGUAGCACGACGGAUUGUCCAGCGGGAAAUGAGGAGGCGGCAACAUGAACACAAGCCCAGGCAGCCGGAUGCGCUGGACUGGCUUCACGAAGUCGCAGGCGGUCGCCACUUGGAUGUGACUACAGCGCAAAUCGGCUUGACACUGGUGACGAUCCACACCACCUCUAACCUCCUCACCAACGUCAUUUACGACCUGGCAGCGAAUCCGCAGUAUCUCCCUCCUCUGCGGGAAGAGAUCCAAUCGGUAUUGGAGACAGACGGUACAUUUCACAAGACCAGUUUGACCAAGAUGAAGCUCCUGGAUAGCGUGGUUAAGGAGAGCCAACGGUUGAAUCCACCGGGCCUGACUUCGCUACACCGCUACGCUAUGGAGGAGAUUACACUCUCGGACGCAACAGUCAUUCCAAAGGGUGCCAGUCUCGUUGUCUCCGCCCAUACUAUGCAAGACGAGAGCAUAUAUCUAAAUGCGCACACUUACGACGGGUACCGGUUUUAUCGGAAGCGGCAAGAGCCAGGACAUGAAAACAAACACCAGUUGGUGAUGACAAGCGCAGAGCACUAUGGUUUUGGGCAUGGCGUACGCGCCUGUCCCGGUCGGUUCUUCGCAACAAAUGAGAUCAAAAUUCUUCUCGCGCACAUCAUCUUGAAAUAUGACAUCCGCUUCCCCGAUGGACAAUCCCGCCCUGCUAAUUGGGAGAUUGGACAGGACCUGUGCCCCCAAGAAACGGGCCGCAGCCGAGAGAUCGCGUCCGGUGGAAGUAAUAGCCAAAUAGUAACGGCUAAAGGCGCCUGGAAAGUCAAUAUUGCUCCACGAAAAUCAGAGCGCCAAUACAAACAACUACUAAACUCAAUGCCUUUCGGUGCGGAGGACUAA